AUGGAAGUGAGGUAGAGCCCGUAGAGGAGGGGUUUGCGAGGAGAUUCCCGAAUUACAUACCUGGCUUGUUUUAUUGCAUCAACGACGAUACUUUCUUAUAGUAUUAGAAAAACCCGAAGAGAAAUGACUUCUUCCAAAAGAAGCGAAAGCGACUGGCAGGGGUUGGUUAGUGAGUUCCUGAUAUGCAAAAGGAAGCUGGAGAGCAAAAAGGAAGCUCUGCUUAUCUUGUCCAAGGAGCUGGACACCUGCCAGCAGGAGCGAGACCAGUACAAACUGAUGGCCAACCAGUUGAGGGAGCGGCACCAAGGCCUGAAGAAAAAGUACAGAGAGCUCAUUGAUGGGGAUCCUACCUUGCCACCAGAAAAAAGAAACCAGGUGAAUCUUGCCCAGCUGUUGAGAGAUUCUUGGGAACGCAGUAAACAGCUAGCCGAGGAAAUCAAGGAGCUGAAUCAGAGGCUGGCAGAGGCCCAAGGGGAUAACAAGCUCUUGCGCAUGACGAUUGCCAAGCAGAGGCUGGGUGACGAAGAAGUUGGAGCUCGCCACUUUCCCGCACACGAGCGCGAAGACCUUGUUCAGCAGCUAGAGAAAGCACGAGAACAAAAUGAAGAGCUGGAACACAACCUCAAAGCUGCAGUAGACGAGUUACAGGAUGUGAAGGCAGAGAGAACGUUCUAUCAGGAGAAAGUCAACCGGCUAAACCUAGAGCUCAACCACAUUCUUGGAGGUCAUGAGAAUCGCAUCAUUGAUGUGGACGCACUCUGCAUGGAGAACAGAUAUCUACAUGAAAGAUUUAAACAACUCCAAGAAGAGGUCAACUUGCUUAAAACUAAUGUUAUGAAGUACAAGAGUGCACUUGAGAGAAGAAAGAAUUCCAAAAUGAACAGCAAAUCAAAUAGCAGUGCCCUCACUGGAGUUCUCUCUGCUAAACAAGUUCAGGAGUUGUUAUCGGAAGACAACGGAUGCAGCUUGCCAGCCACCCCACAGUCUAUAUCGGACCUGAAGUCACUGGCAACUGCAUUGCUCGAGACUAUUCAUGAGAAAAACAUGGUUAUACAGCACCAACGUCAAACCAACAAGAUUCUGGGAAACCGCGUUGCAGAACUUGAGAAAAAGCUGAAAACAUUAGAAGUGUCUGGUUUGUGGAGUCUUCCAGGCCUGACCUACAAUGUGUCUCUGGGAUUAGGGAGAGGAAGGGACACCAUUUCACUAAAUGACCGAGCCCUGAGUGGGAUCCAGAGGCCCCGAUCCCCUCUGUUAGAACUAAUGGAACAGCAGCCACAGCUGAAGACACAGCCACCUAAAGACAACAGGAUAAGAAACGGAGAAAUUCCAUCAAGGAACCAACAAACAGCUGAUGGCGGCCCACAGACCCUCUUGAGCCCACAGGCAGGUCCAGAGGGCAAUAGUAAGGGCGGUAUUUGUACAGACGCUUUGGUCCCCAGUGAAAGGAUGCUAGCUUUGCCUCCAUCGCCAACAGCAGAUGAAAUAGAUAGACGUGGAGCUGAGAUAGUGAAGAUGACUGAGGAGCUGGCUGCUGCAGUGCUAGAGUGCACUGAAAUGGAAAACCCCACAGAAGAGCGGUCAGCAGUGGCAGCUGGAGUCCAGCUCGCCACAGUUUCAGAACCUGAGUCUCCACUGCACGGUCCCUCAGACCUCACGCGUCCCAGAACUGGCAUCACGGCGGAAGAGAACCUCCUAGAAGACCACCUUUCCCAAGCAGCAAACGCAGAUGUUUCCAGCAGUGCAGAGGCCCGCAUCGAAACACUAGCAAUGAGUUCUGAAGCAAACCACUCCUUACUGACAAAGGAAUCAAGUCUUGAUAGUACGACAGAGAUUAGUGAAGACUAUUUUGGUGAGAGUCUUGCAUAGAUCCUUUUCAAUUUCCUGGCGAUUAAGAUGCAUAUCUUUUCUUGGGGUGGAAAAUAACCCAACUUAUGCAACAUUGGUCCCAUAUAGUGAAACUUGCCUUACUUUUAAUGUGUUUGAUUUGAGUUUUCCUUAGGCCGAUUUGCUUGGUAGGAAGCACGUUUAGUUCUGUUUUCACCCUCUCAGCAUUAAGAAUGCUCUGAUUGAAGUUCUGUUAGGAAGCGACUGAGCACUUAGAGUAGAUGCGUUUUCUUUUUCUUUUCUCAGUUAUUUGAAGGGAUGCUGACCACUUUAUCCUGUAAACAGAAACACCUGAGAGAAACGUGAGAAAUCCAAGUGUUCAGUAAACUGUUCCACUGUUAAACAAUCACAUAGUUUGGCCCUGCCCCCACAGGGUAUCCCUUCUUCCCAACAUGUUUUUUUGUUUCUUCAGUACAUAAAAGUUUAAUUCUUUAUUACUUGCCAAAAGCGAGUCAUAUGUGCUUUUUGUAAAAGUGGGAAGUUGUGGUCAGUCAUCCUUUUGAAAACAGUUUAUUUGGGUUACAAUGGCACUGCUGUGAUAUGUGUGGCUAAUGCAAGCUGUGGUGCCAAGAAUGUUCAGGAAUAAAAAUAAAUAGUGUUAAGUAUUAAUGCAAUCCAGGAAGUAAAAACACUACAAUUAAACAAGUUGACUGUGGCAGCUGCACCUGUACAUUUUUCCAAUUGUAACGCUUACAGUAGGUGGCUUCCUAAAUAUCUGAGAUGUCAACACCACACUGUGUGUUGAAAUUGUGUGAAAUGUUUCGCUGGCUUCACAGAAAUUUAGGAUAUUCAGUACAUCAAAGAUGUUUCACAGUAAACCUUACUAUUUGUGUAGUCGUACUAACCCUUGUACUUUGCACAAGGGCUAUUUGCUUGAUGUGAUUUCCUGAAGAUUUUGGCGAAGGUCCUUCCUAUUAUUCACAGUGAGGUGUCUAGUGCUGACCAGAGCACAUUUAAUAAUUACAAAAUGACUGCAGAAAUUGACGUUACUGAAAGAUUUAUUUAGAUGAUGUGAAUUAUGUUAAAUUUAUUGUGUGUCGUGCCAUAAAAAAAAGAUAUACAGUUUGUAUUGAAGAAGUGAUUCUCUUGAACAAUAUCCACAACUGGUUAGGUUACUGGCUCUUUUUCGUAAAAUUACCAUCAUGUAGUAAUUUAUAUUUAAAUGUAUAAAUAUUUUUAUAUGCAAAACAUCAACUUUUGUUUUUAUGCUAUACAUUUAUGGCUUCAUAAUACUAGAGAGCUGAUACUACUUAUUGGCGUGCUUCUCAAAUAAUAUGAAUGCUUAUAGAAUGGGUGAUGUUCUGGUGAACACAAUUAAUAAGUGUCUUAGAAAUAAGGAAAAGAUACUCUUGCAAAUGUUUUCAGACCUUUCCACAAAUGGGACACAUGGGAACUUUCUCCAUGGGAUAUGAUGUGCAAUGUGAUGCACACAACUUUUGUUUUAGUAAUAUUCUAUUCAAUUCCCAAAUGCUCAAACAGAAGCCUUCAAGAUACUCUGAUUGUAAAAUAACCUACAGUAAAUGUCAACACAAAUUGAAGAGAAUACAUUUAAAAUAUCUUGAUUGUAUUCAGACCCAUGAACGCAAUAUCAUUACCUUUGUAAGAUGGGAUGAAACAGUUUUUGACCAUGCUUCCAAGCAGAUUUGCUGAAACUCUCUGAAGUUGCUUAGGGACAACAGUUUUCAAGUCUUUCCACAGAUUCUGGAUAGGGUUCAAGUUAGGAAUUUGACCAUGGUAAAUUUGGCCUGCUUUGAAUCAUUGUCCUGUUGAAAGGUAAUUUGUUGCCCCAGUUUUAAGUCUGUAGCAGAUUGGAGUAGGUUUUCCUGUAGCAAUCUGCCUGUACUUUGCUACACUUUUUUCAAGAUGUCUAGUCCAUGCUGAGAAGUAUCACCAUACCAUGAUACUGGCACUUAUAAUCUUGACUGUGUGCAUGGUUUAAAUAGGAUAUGUGCUGUAUUGGGUCUGUGCAAACUUAACACUAUGCAUUUAGACAAGACUUUUCUGAUUUGGUAUCCUCUGAGCACAAUACGUUUUGCCACAUUUUUUCAGGAUCAUUCAGGUGUAUGGCAUGGAUUACCCACUCUUUAAUGCAGGACAGCUUUGAGGAGAAACUAGAAUACCGUUGACUGAUGCUCAUUUUCUCCCAUCUCAAGCAUUAGAUUCAGCAUUUCUUUCAAAGUUGGCCUCACAGUGUCAUCCUUCACCAGUUUUCUUCUUGCCCAACUGCAAAGGGGUGAGUUUCCCGAAAGCAUUGUAACGCUAAGAACAUCGUAAACUCGAUCUUAAGAUCUAUCGUUAAUUUACGAGUGUUUCCCCAAAUCCAUUGUAACUAAAGUAGCACCUUAAAUCCUUCAUGAUCUACAUGCUCCCCGACCCACUUGUUAAUCGCUAAGUGCUUCUUAAAGUGGCUACCUCUUGCGCCAACCUUAGCGACAGAGAUCCCCAGACAGAAAUUUAGAAUACUAAAAUAAAUACUUGACUAGAUUAUAUCAGAAUUGUCAUGCUGAAAUGCAGUAAUGCAUUAUUUAAGUUAAAUCACUGGGUUGUAGCGGUGGCUUGUAUCAUUGGCCUGUACAGGCCACAAUAGCAGAGGGUUAUUGACUUUUGUGAUUUAUAGGCCUUAUAUUUAUUUAUAUUUAAAUUUCAAAUACUGUUUUAUGUUCUGUCGUGAUUGUUGACGGUAAUGCUUCUACCUAUUUGCUUUUAAAUGUAAUUGUAGGUCCUGUAUGUGUUGAGAGUCCAUCCUAAGUCUGUGGCACGUGACACAUGCCAGGCUUAGUAGUUCUUUUUCCCAGAUGUUAAUUAGUCCAAUUAAAAUGUAGUUCCAAUAAACCCAAUAACUAUAUAAAACAGCAGUAUAUUCUGAUGAAACACUGUAAAUCUUAACAGUGGCAGCGCGUCAAAGAAAUCUUGCCUUAAAUCAAAGACGCAGUCCAGGAUGCGUACAUCGACCGCAGAGUCAAGCUGUGCGAAUUCAUUCUGCGGUUUGGACAAACCUCAAUCCACCUGAUCAUCCCAGUGAGGAGGCAAUAAUUGAAAGAUACAGGUUGCCAAGAGCAGAAAUAAUGGCACUUCUCAAUCUAGUGGAGGAAGACCUUUCCAGACACACCCGACGAAACCACGCUUUAACCCCUGUGGUGCAGCUCCCAUAGUGCUGCGAUACUAUACUACUGGAGGAUUCCAGUAGACUGUUGGAGAUGCACAAGGCAUGCACAAGGAAUCGGCAAGGCAUCUGCGUGUGUGCAUAAAGUCACCAGACUGCUUCUACGCCAUGCAAACACCUGCAUAACAUUUCCGUGCACCCCUGAUGCGCUGUGUGAAACUAACAUCGGGUUCCACACAAUCGCCAACAUCCCGCAUGUUGUAGGAGCAGUGGAUGGUACGCUGAUACCCAUUCAUACUCCCAGUCUCUUGGAGCCUAGUUACACCGGCCGUAAAGGGUUCUCUGCAUUGAAUGUAUAGGUGAUUUGCAAUCACCAACGACUUUUUACGGAUAUUGUGGCAAAGUGGCCUGGGAGUACCCACGAUGCCUUCAUCUGGGCCAAUUCGGCAGUGUGUCAGAAGGCAAGAAACGACGAGUUUGGUGGUGGAUGGCUACUGGUUGAUAGUGGGUAUCCCCUUCAUGCAUCCCUGUUGACAUCUGUAACUAACCCCCAGACGGCAGCCGAAGAACAAUACAUCGCAGCACAUCUGCGAACACGCAGCGAGGUGGAACGCAAUAUAGAUUUAUGGAAAAUGCGCUUCCGCUGUCUUCACAAGUCAUUGGGUGGCAUCAGAUUUUCACCACAGCGGUGCUGCGCUGUGAUAGUUGUGUGUGCAGUGAUGCACAACAUUGCUGUUAGAGCACGCGUACCCCUGCCUAAUGAUGACGAGGAAGAUGUUGACGAGGAAGAAGUGCUGGAGUUUGGAAAUGUCCAAAUCCCUGAACUUAAAGCACAGGGUGUAUACGAGACUGCUGUGGAGGCUAGGCAGGCCAUCAUCACUACCGUUUUCACAUAAUUUUUUUUUUCUUGGUUCAAAUACUCUGUAAUUGUAAUUGAGUUAUUCCCUGUAUAUUUGAGAAAUAAACACACUUUGCAUAGUCUGAAGGAGUGUGGAAAUUCUUAAUACAUCAUUUAAUUUAUUUAACAUAAUAAAAAUUGAAUAUAUAUACAUACAAUAUAUAAACAAGUUACAAAUUGCCUCCAGGCUGUGUCUGAGUGCCUGAAAAGAAAGUAAAGUAAUGAAUAUAUACAUUAGGUUGCAAAUAGAAAACUACAGUAGAAGAGUAUAGUCCAGACAUGUUCACAGUAACUCACCUUGUUCAGAAGGCAGUAUUAUCGGCACCAAUAUAGAGGGCCGGUCAUACUGUGCCUCAGACACAGCUAGCUGUCUCACCAUCACAUCGAGUUUUCUCUUCUUGAGUUCCAGUAGCUCUGUGUGGUGCCUUUCUCGCUGCUCCAGAACCUUAUGUUUGAGUUUGAGGUUUUCUCUCUGUAGUUGCAGACUCUCCCGUUCAAGAGCUAUUGAAUGCCUGUGCCUGUGGUUCAGGUGGUGGCCGUCGACUGGGGCACGUCUGAGACGAUUCCACCCGUGGGCCUUCACUGGAUCAGGGGGAUGGAUGCUGGGGCGAGGAAGUGUGGGGAAACUCAUUCCCACAGACAUCUAUCCCUCCAGAUAUUCCCUCUGCAGCAACAGGCCCGAGGAUUGCCAGGGUUCUUUCCUCCUCUGGGGAAAGGGGCAAUGUUGUCAUCUGCCCGCCUCUAGUCUUGGCCCUCUCUCAAUUCUCAAUUUUUUUCACACAUCAGAGCCUGACCGAGGUUGUGAUGUGCAGGCACUCAUUCUCUCUGCUAUUUCAUUCCACUUAACUUUCUUCUCAGUGUUGGAUAGGCUGCCGUGUGCUUUCGUCAACAAUAACACUCUGUUGUUGUCAAUUUCAUCUAAAAGAAGAGCAAGCUCUUCCUUAGAAAAAUGCGGCUUUCUUUUACGCCGUGUAGCUAUCAUUUUUUUUCGUGUUCGUCCUAGAAACAAUAGGUGUCUGAUUUUGUACUUUCGCUUCAUUGGUAAUUAAAUGAUGUCAUGUUUUCCUCAGUACUUUUCAGAGCUUUUAUUUAAUUGCACUGAAAGAGCAAAACCGACACCAUAUAAUUAAAGUAUUGUAAAAGUAUUGUCAAUCGAUUGUUUUUUAAUCAACCUGUAAUGCUUUCUCUAACCGACCGGGCAGGGUUAACAAAGAAGUACUUUAUACUCUCUCCUUAAAUGACCGAUUAAGAGGGGUUUUGGGAAACGCACGAAAAAGUAGCACGUACUUACAUUGUACAGUUUCUCGUUAGUCUCUGAGAUUCAUCGUUUUUGGGAAACUCACCCCAGUUUGGAGAGGCAGCCUGAUCUAGGCAGUGACUGGGUGGUAUGAUGGGUAUGAUGCACCUUCCAUUUCUUGAUGACAGACUGUUUUUAAACUUAAAGGUUCUUAGCCUUCACAGUUGAGUCUUUGCUUAAAAUUCACUGUGUGAUCAAGGAGCCUCAGAGACAAGUGUUCAGAGUCUGAAUUCUGAAGUCACGGGAACCAUACCUAUUAUUGCAUACCAAGGCCACUUAAGUACAGUAAUUGUGUGACACCUUAAUGUAAAUACAUGUAUGUGUACCUUAAUUAAUUUAAUCAAUUCAAAUUUGCCACAGCAAUGGAUACUUGUGCAAUUGUGACUUGAAUAUUCUUCUUAUUUUUCUGAUAAUUGUAAUUAUCUGUUUACUUAUAUCUUUUUGUUUUUUCCUUUGAAUAUCUGGAGUAGUUUGCUUAUAUACUGUAAUAUUGUUGCUUCUUCAAAGUGUCAUGUCUAGAAGAUUUAGAAUACCAAAAUAUGAAAACUAUGCAAAGGUCUUUUUUUAACAUAUGGUGGUGCCAGUUUCCACAAAAGGAAUUGCAGUAAUAAUGCUGAGUGCUCAAGAGAAACAUAUUUUAACAAGAUUAGUUUGUACUGUAAAAGUUUUUUUUUUUUUAAUAUUAGGAGCAUUUUCUUUGGCUUGCUGUUCAAAGCCUCAUUUGGUUUUGAGCAGCUGCUUGCUCAAAACUGUAGAAAUGUAGGGAUCUUUAAUCUCUUACAAACAAUUAUUUAAUAUAAUACAGUGUCAUAUGAGGUUUAUUAACACAUCAAAAUGCAUUUUCUGUUUUACAGAUUGAACUAGAUUCUGCUUCUUGUUUUAUGUAGUGGGGAGGUUCUUCUUAUUUUAUAUAACAGUACUGUCGGCUUCAUAGCAUAUUAGUCAGUGAAGUAGCAUACUUUGCCCAAUAGGCAAUUUGUCAAAUUAAGCAGAACAUAUAGUUGCAUGCAAUCUCAUUCAGUGGCCAUUUGGCAAUGGAAAACCAUUAUGUCUUACUUAAUGUGUAGGUUUCCUUGGUAGUGCCUUUUAUUAUACUGGAUACCAUGUAGGGAAGGUAAUUUAUUGACUCUUUACAAGGUAUUCACCCAGCACUUAUAACAGAGAGCUGCUGUCUUUUCAUUGUACUGACGGGCUUCUUGAUAGCAAAGGAAUUGAGACAAAACAAAGCUAUGAUGUUGGCACUCUCACACAUGAGUGGAGGCCUUGGUCAGUGUUUAGUUGCCCCAUUGAAACCCCAUCGGCAGCAAAGUCUUUUUAAUACAUAGAUACUCAUGGAACUGUCAAUUAAAUCCCUAUUUUGUUGUAGGAAGUUCAGCGUAUCCUGGCUAGAUGAGAAAAUAAGCUUUCUGCCCCUUUAUCCAGACUGACAGCCACUGUCAUCAGCCUCCAGGGGGCCGUAAUUAGGAUGAGCUCCCUGAGAAACAGCUCAUCUACUGAUUUUAAUCAAAAACCAAAGGACUAGCAGUGUGUCGCCACAGCAGGCUUCCAAGUCAGCGUGCAGUUCAUUCCCACCACCUCAUCAAAUCUCAAUUAAGAAGGAUCCGUUAAUGUGUAUAGUUUGUAACCAAUGUUUUUAGGAUGUGUUUAUGGCAUUAUUGCAACUUAUUGGACGGACAUCUUUUUUUAUAUUUUGCAUUUAAAAUCGGAUUUAUGAAACCACUAAGACCCAGCACUUUCUUGUCAUAAUGUGCAACUGUGACAGGACAAAAUGCAUAGGAUUGAACAAUGGCAAGCAUUGCUGUGUCUUAUAGGCUGGCUUUAAUAAUAAUUAAUCAUAAUAAUAAUUGCUUACACUUAUAUAGCGCUUUUUCUGGACACUCCA